CCCGUGAACGACCAAAUGAACGACCGUUUCUCCAUAAACCCGUGAACGACUAGCUUCAAAUAAUACGUUGCUCAUUGCGUAUGAUGUAAUGUGGACAAGCGGCUGUAUUCAAAUUUGCAAAGCAUAUGUGAGUAGCCAGUUAAAGGGCAAAAAACGUGUAGCUAAAAAUGCGCGGAAGAUCACGAACGCAUUCGCCGUGCUCCCAAGAUUCGAUGGACAAAGAAAACUGCCCCGAUUCCAAUAUACUGAGAAGAACACGACGUCGUUUACAGCAACGGUUUGAUAAUAAUUAUUGCCGUGCUCCUGAGGAGAAACAAAAUGCUGAAAAAUCUUGGAACGCUUUUACCUUGCCAAGUGUGACCGUUCCUCGAAUUCAUCCGGCGCGUGUUCUGCGUUCAGGCGCCAAUACAUUGUCCAGAACCCUGAACAGUGUACAGACGACUUUUGGCUCUCUCUCACAGAAAUUCCGAAGAUCUACCAAACGACGCCAUCAAUUUAAAAAUGAAUCCCCAUGUACUCCAGUUACUCCACAAACAAGGUCCCGACACAUAUUAGGAAGGACUCCAACCAAAUUAUAUAGCCCUUUUGGUAUUGAAUCUCCAUGUAAGAAACUUAGAGACAAAGAAAAUCACUGUAUGACUGAAAAACCCUUUGAAACUCAUAGGUAUAUACCAAGAAAACUGAUUGAAUCUUCUAAAUAUAAUUACAAAUGUACAAGAGUGAUUGCAAAUGAGACUAUGGUAAAUGAAAAGAGAAAUUUUGAUCCUGAUGUGGAGGAAGUUAGAAUUGGCAUGUGGGAGCUUCGUCAAACUGCUCAUAGCAUUGUGAAACGAUCAUUGCAACAGUGAACGUUUUAAUGUGUAGUUUGUAGAAAACAUAUCAUUGAAAAAUAGUGUAAUAAAAUAUAUCAGUGUGUUUAAUGUCAGAUUAUGAUCUGUUUAAAUCUCAAAUAUUUCCAUGUAAUGAAAGGCCAGAAGGGUAAUGUUUAAGUAUUAGUGUAACAGUGAAAGUUUGUGUAACAUUUAUAUAAUAUUGUAUGUCUGAACCUGAAUGUAUUUAUAAGUAAUUUAUCUUUUCCACUGUAAAGUCAAUGUGUUCAAAACAGAAUUUUAACUACUCCCUUUUCCAUUAUUUAAGAAACUAUUAAUAAAUGUAAUUAAAAGUAUAUCAAAAACUCUUAAAGAAUGUGAGACCAAAAGGCAGCUAGUAUUACAAUGUAAUGUUACUGUAAACAAAGAUAUGGUACAAAGUGCAGCUCAUAAGAUUAAUCUGCAUCACUAAUAUCAUUUAUGAACUGUAUGAAACAUGCAUAGUUUUGUUAUUAUAAAACGUCAGUUACAAUUAUGAUUCAAUUUUCAUAGUUAACAAUUAAAUUGAUGCAAAUAAAUAGUUUUAUAUAUUUAACAAUUAAUCAACUGUAAUUAAUUUAUAGCUUUAAACUUGUCUUCUGAUACUAUAAUGCAGUUGGUAGUUUCUGUAUAAUUUUUUAAUGUUUUCCUGCAGUUGCUAAUAAUUUAAAGUAAUAAAACUAUUAGUUUUUGUAUGUAUUGUGAUAAUUUUUUUAAAACCCC